GAAGGAUCCGAAUAUUCAAGUUUUCAGCAUUUCAACUCCAUUUCCUCACAUUCAUUACACCUCUCAUAAAAGCUUCUCUUUUUUUUUCCCCUCAAGAAAAAGGGAAAAUGGAAUAUAAUUAUUAUUAAACAAUGCUGUCCUUAAUUUUCUAAAAAGUAAAUUUUCAAUUUAAAUUCAAUUCAAAAAAAUCCCUACUUUGGAGUUUGAAAUUAAAAAAAAAAAAAAACACACACACACACACACACAACUCAAUUCUACUGUUCUUCUUAGUAUAAAUAGUAGGUUAUCUCUCUGGUCCUCCCAUAUUCAGGCCUGCUUCUACUGCUCUAGUCUUUGAACGUUCAAAUCCGAAAAGCGAAGCCGGCCAAUCCAUCCACAGCCAUCUUUUUUUUUUUUAGCUUUUCAAUUUCUAAGUUAAGAGAUGGCCGAUUCUGAGGAUAUUCAGCCCCUUGUUUGCGAUAAUGGAACUGGAAUGGUUAAGGCUGGUUUUGCUGGUGACGAUGCCCCAAGAGCUGUGUUCCCUAGUAUUGUAGGUCGUCCACGACACACUGGUGUUAUGGUUGGAAUGGGUCAGAAAGACGCAUAUGUGGGUGACGAAGCUCAAUCUAAAAGAGGUAUCUUGACCUUGAAGUACCCUAUAGAACAUGGUAUAGUCAGCAACUGGGAUGAUAUGGAGAAGAUCUGGCAUCACACUUUCUAUAAUGAGCUUCGUGUUGCACCUGAGGAACACCCUGUGCUUCUUACCGAGGCACCUCUUAAUCCCAAGGCCAAUAGGGAGAAGAUGACACAAAUCAUGUUUGAAACAUUUAAUGUUCCUGCAAUGUAUGUUGCCAUUCAGGCUGUUCUUUCUCUCUACGCCAGUGGUCGUACAACUGGUAUUGUGUUGGAUUCUGGUGAUGGUGUUAGUCACACUGUGCCUAUCUAUGAAGGGUAUGCUCUUCCUCAUGCCAUCCUUCGUCUUGACCUUGCUGGUCGUGAUCUUACAGAUCACCUCAUGAAGAUUCUGACCGAGAGAGGAUACAUGUUCACCACCUCGGCUGAACGGGAAAUUGUCCGUGAUAUCAAGGAAAAGCUUGCUUAUGUGGCUUUGGACUUCGAGCAGGAGCUAGAGACUGCAAAGAGCAGCUCCUCUCUUGAGAAGAACUAUGAAUUGCCUGAUGGACAAGUUAUCACAAUUGGGAAUGAGAGAUUCCGUUGCCCUGAGGUUCUUUUCCAGCCUUCUAUCAUUGGAAUGGAAGCUGCUGGUAUCCAUGAGACUACCUACAAUUCCAUCAUGAAAUGUGACGUGGAUAUCAGGAAGGAUCUCUAUGGUAACAUUGUUCUCAGUGGGGGUUCAACUAUGUUCCCUGGUAUUGCUGACCGUAUGAGCAAGGAAAUCACUGCCCUAGCUCCCAGCAGCAUGAAGAUCAAGGUGGUUGCACCUCCAGAGAGGAAAUACAGUGUCUGGAUUGGAGGAUCAAUCCUUGCAUCCCUCAGCACCUUCCAACAGAUGUGGAUUUCCAAGGCUGAGUACGAAGAAUCUGGACCAUCAAUUGUCCACAGAAAAUGCUUUUAA